ACUCCAUCAAAUCCCUAAAUUCUUCAUCAAUUUUGUAAUCUCAAGCUCCACCUUCUUCCAAUGAUCUUCAACUUCACCCAAUAACUCUGAAAAUCCAUCAACUACACACCUUUUCAAUCAUUCAACAAUGGAGUUUUCAAUCCGGAUGCUCAAAUUGCUGAUACUGUUUCUUUCGGUUUUGCAGUUGCAGACACUCGGUUCUGCAUACCCGACGCCAUUAAAUUGUACAGAGACAUCUCGCUUGUGCACUUCCUUCUUAGCGUUCAGUCCAUCUCCCAAUCAAACCCUAGACGUGAUUAUGAGCAUGUUUGAUGUAUUACCUAACGAUGUUACAGUUGAAGGUAACGGCCGUAACUAUGUUUUUGUUCGGAAGAAUUGUUCCUGUGCUACUUCUCCGGUUUAUAAGUAUUUGACGAAUACUACAUACACGGUGAGGAAAAAUGGAGGAUCUGUCUAUGAUUUGGUGGUUGAUUCGUAUGGAGGAUUGGCGUAUCUGUCGAAUUUCUCCCGACCGGCGCGUACAGGGGCGGUGGUGUCGUUGCAGCUGUUUUGUGGUUGUUCGACUGGACUAUGGAAUUACUUGAUGAGCUAUGUGAUGAAGGAAGGGGAUAGCAUUGAAUUGCUAGCGAGUAGGUUUGGUGUUAGUAUGGAUAGCAUUGAAAUCGUUAACAAGAUUGAUAAUCCUGAUAACGUCACUAUUGGUGCACUUUAUUACAUUCCUCUGAAUUCAGUUCCUGGAGAGCCAUACCCUAUAGAGAAUGACAGUCCCCCUGCUCCUGCUCCAUCUCCAACUCUUUCCGCCAUUGUUACAGGAAUUAAUCACAAGAGUGACUUAAAGCGUUGGUGGAUCAUAGGGAGUUUGGGUGUUGGAUUGGCUCUAAUCAUAGCAGUUGUACUUCUUUUCGUUUGCAUGAGAUCAUCAAUUUGCUUCAGUGAUGCCCAAAGGAAUCGUUUAAAGGGUCCUGAAGAUGAACAAGUUUCUCAUAAGUUCCACAUAUUACGAACAUCAAGCUUUUGGUGUGGUUCAGGGAGACUCUGCUGCAAAUCUGAUGAUUGGAGACAAACUAUUGAGGAAUCUAGUGACCGUCAUACAAACAUUCCAAAAGUUGUUGGGACUGAUAUGUUCAACGUUGAGAAGCCUGUUGUCUUCUUAUUUGAAGAAAUUUUAUCGUGUACAGAGGGUUUCUCUGAGUCCAAUCUUCUAGGUCAUGGAACAUAUGGCUCUGUGUACUAUGGUUUACUUCGGGAACAGGAAGUAGCUGUCAAAAGAAUGACUGCCACAAAAACUAAAGAGUUCACAGCAGAAAUGAAAGUUUUGUGCAAGGUUCAUCAUACAAAUUUGGUAGAACUUAUUGGUUAUGCAGCUAGUGAUGAUGAGCUCUUCCUCAUUUAUGAAUAUGCUCAGAAAGGUUCACUUGGAAGUCACUUGCAUGAUCCACAAAACAAGGGUCAUCCAACGUUAUCUUGGAUUAUGAGGGUUCAAAUUGCACUGGACACCGCAAGGGGGCUGGAAUACAUACAUGAGCACACUAAGACUCAUUACGUGCAUCGAGAUAUCAAAACAAGCAACAUCUUACUAGAUGGUGCCUUCAAAGCCAAGAUUUCAGAUUUUGGGUUGGCGAAACUCGUAGGAAGAACUAACGAUGGAGAAGCUUCCGCCACGAGAGUGGUUGGAACUUUUGGUUAUUUAGCUCCAGAAUAUCUCAGGGAUGGCUUAGCUACAACGAGAAGUGAUGUAUAUGCAUUUGGUGUUGUUCUUUUUGAGUUAAUAUCGGGAAAAGAAGCCAUUACACGAACCGAAACUGUUGUGAUGAAAAAUUCUGAGAGACGGUCGUUGGCUUCCAUUAUGUUGGCAGCUCUUAAGCACUCAUCAGACUCUAUGAGUAUGUCUGGCUUAAAAGAUCAUAUUGAUCCUAAUCUAUUGGAUUUAUUUCCUCAUGACUGUGUUUUCAAGAUGGCAAUGGUGGCGAAACAAUGCGUGGAGGACGACCCAAUCUUGCGACCCGACAUGAAGCACGUUGUUAUUUCUCUUUCGCAAAUUCUUUUAUCAUCCGUGGAGUGGGAAGCAACUCUUGCUGGAAACAGCCAAGUGUUCAGCGGCCUUGUUCAAGGUAGAUAAGUCCCGUCACCAUCUUUUUUUCUCUAUAAUCUGCAUCAUUAUUCAUUAGUUGAUGAAGAGGGUCCGAUUCAGUUUUCAACAUUAUACUGCCUGCGUUGUGUGUAAAUAGUUGCAUAGAUGGUUCGUUAUAGCGUCAACCAGGGUGAGGUUUUACACGUUACGCAUUUGAUUAUUUAUUUCUCCACCGUAUUCGUUGUUCCUAUAACCUUCUCUUCUCAAAAAUGUGUUGUUGAGUCCUUGUAAUAUAAAGAUGGAUCAUGUCUUCAGUUUGCAAUAUAUAUGAUAGGUCUCAUCAAGUGGCCUUUUUGG